AUGUGGAUGUUGAAAGUUUUGAAGUUUCAAGAUGAAUUGGAAGCUGGUAAAAGAAAUAGAAAAAGAAGCAUGACAAUAACUGAACAAGUUGCACAUUACAGAGCCAAGUUGUUACAAAAGGAAAAAGAGAAGGAAAGAGAAAAAGAGAGAGAUAGAAUUCGAGAGUGGGAGAAGCGGAGAGUGAAGGAAUUUGCUUCCUCACCACCAAGUGAAGGAUCACCAUAUGGUAAAAAACGUAGAAGAAGCUCAAGUAGAUCUCCUAGUCCACAUGGAAAAUACAAGUCAAGAUCGAGUUCACCAUCAUCGGAUCGAUAUGGUAGUUCACGACGUAGUUCUCAGUCUCCAUCAUCAUCAUAUCGAGAACAGUCUCCUCAAUCACAGUCUCCUCUUCUCAUCAGCAGCAGUAGUAGAAGACGAAAAAGGAAAUCUAGGUCCAGAUCACCGGGCAGAAAAUCACAUCGGUUUAAAACAUCACAUAAAUCAAGAUCGCGGUCUAGAUCACCACGAAGAUCACGUAGAUCAAGGUCCCAUUCACAUUCACCUCGCAGACAUCGUAGAUCACGCUCUAGAUCACCAAGAAAAUCUAGCUCACAUAAAAAGAAACGACAAAAGUAAACACGUCCAUCUUUUUGUUACAACCAAUAUUCUCAUGCAUGCUGUCAUUAUGUAAUGUGAGAUGUUCUGUAUAUAUUAUACUGGAUAAUACUUAUACUUGAUUUCCUAAUAUUAAAAUACUACCACAAUGGAAAUCUGGUUACUUAGUUUACUGCAUAAACUGUCAUGAGUUAUUCACUUAAAAUCAUAAGGAUAGGACACAAUGUUGCAAUGAACAAAAUAGUGUUCUGGUACCACACAUUAACCAUUUAUAUGCAAAAAGAUGACAGAAUGGACAAAAUGUUCUGUUGUCUUGCCUGCAAUGAAACUUGUGUGUUGACAUCAUUGUUUAACAAUUCGUUCUGUCCAAGUAAUUUUUCUCUAAUCCUUUCCAAAGUUUUAUUAUAUGGUUUCUUGACUUCCUGAUGUAUCUCUGUCAGAAAAAUGGUGGGAUUAAACAGACUGGAUUUAGCAUUAACAAAAUAUGCGUGUUAAAUGCUACACAAUUACCUCAAGCAUACUAUGGUUUUAAAGUUGCAAUCCCACAUUGUGUGUUCUGCAGAAAAACUUCUUACUGACACCAUCUGUCCCCUGUUCCUUGUAAGCAAUCCCAGUUUGUAUGAUCUACAGAAAACCUCUCACUGACCCCAUCUGUCCCAUGUCCCAUGUCCCAUGUUCCUUGUAAGCAAUCCCAGUUUGUAUGAUCUACAGAAAACCUCGCACUGACCCCAUCUGUCCCAUGUUCCUUGUAAGCAAUCCCAGUUUGUAUGAUCUACA